GGAGGAGGAGGAGGAGGAGGAGGAGGAGGUAUCACGGUGUUCGUAAACAGAAAAGUGACAGUCCAUCAGUUGGACGUAGAAAAUUGAAGAAAUAAGAAGAGAGACUUAGUUGAACGUUGUCGAGAGGAAGGAAACCCGUUGACGACGUUCGACGCUCACGCCUCCCCGCUAGGAAUUCUCUACCGUGGUUCAAGGUCUUCUAAAAUCAUCCAAGUACGUGCAGAGAGAGAGAGAGAGAGAGAGUUAGUCGGUCUGCCUGCCAAGGCUCCUCGAAAGAACACGACAGAGGUUUACUCUUUCUCACGAGAAAAACAACUUAUUGUUAGUUGGAUUCUGAUUUUGUUUCUUGAUUCUGGUGGUGCUUGAGAGAUUUGGUGCAGGAUAGUGCGCGCGCGACGUUGACAUUAAUAACAACGUUGACGUUGACAGUGACGUCGUUGACAGUGACGUGCUGCUAACGUUGACGUUUUAUACCUCCUUUCUCCGUUAAGAAAAAUAAUCCUCGAUCUAACGUACUUUCAAAGCUGUGCAAAAGAAUAUAAGAGGAACAGGUACGAGAGGAUCGAGAGAAUUUUGGAAAUUCAUCCAGAAUAAGAAGAAGAAGAAGAAGAAGAAGAAGAAUUAUGUGUGCCAAUCGAUGAAACAGAGUCUUCCUUUCUGAUUGUUUCGAGUAAUUCCACUGCCAAAAAGGGAGACUUUAGAAGUUUCGAGAUAGAGAAAGAAAAAUACAACAAGAAAAAAUAGAGUUAGAUAGACAAGGAGAAAGAUGCCAAGCUGUUAGAUUAGUUUAAGAGAGCCCACAUAACUUGGAAGUCUUCCCGAAGAAACAUUGUUGCUGUGAUUCCAAUCUAAGAAGAAUAAAUCUCCCCUAGUUCGUCAUUAAGAUCAACAUCGAGGAGUAUCGUCUUGUACAUGGCAAUGCGGUGCCAUCAUCGUCGAACCUUAUCGCGCAGUUAUUCAUCGUGUUACUUAGAGUGGAAUUUACAAGAAUAACAGCUAGGAUGUUCGGGAAGGUGCCAGUCGGUAUAAAUUCAAACGUAGGCCCUGGACCACCAGCACCAGCACCUAAUCAAAAUCCCACGAGCAAGGUGUCGUACGGUACGAGGCCAACGACUGGGACAACAACGUGCCUUUCGUGUUACGAAGUAGUACCAGCUGUUCUUCAGUCGAGUGCUUCCGAUGAUAAAGCAAAGUCUUGGUGUCCGGUGCUAUCCGAGUCAUCGUCAACUUGUAAUCCUACGCAAGAUCGUUCCUUCCCCUUGUCCACUUCGUCAUCCGUUUCGGAGAUCAACGGAGUGACGAGAAACGAACAACAACAACAACAACAAGCUUCCUUUUCGACAAACAGAAAUCUACAACUCGCAAAUAAAUCCUCGUCUUCCAUUAAAGAUUCCACGAGGAUUCACAGAUGUUAUUCCAAUCCGAAUUGUCCUGGACUAGCGAGUACAACAACGAAAACGUCUAUCGGUAGUAUUUCGCCAAGAUCCCAGAGAAUUACAAUCAACUCUGUCUCUUCCAAUCUCGAACCGAAACUUACGAGAAAACAUUCGGUCGGUAGUCGAGAGUCCAAAUCUAACUUUCGAGAUUUUGGUCAAUCGAGAAAUAACGAUGAUAGUUGUCACAAUGUCGAGGAAGUUCCAAACGUCGUUGAGGAAUACAUGGAUCCUUCAACGAUCCUGACGGGCACAACUUCGACCGUUCAUCAAACUCGAGCUAUGCAAAAAUCAAGCUGCUCGAGGUCUAACUCAACACCAUCAACAACAACAACAACAACAACAACCUGCGAUAAUCCUUGUUGCUUCGAAAAAAGUGAUUCUAUCUCGGCCAAGGAUCAUUAUCAUCAUUAUCAACAACAACACCACCACCACCACCACCAUCAUCACCAUCAUCAUCGCAACAAUCUUGCCCGAACACCGGCCGAACUUUUGCAACAAAAUUGCAUCGAUUUCGUCAUCCAAGAUUUACCAACUGAAUUACAAUCGUCUCCUAGAAGUUACAAGGAUCGUGAAAAAACUCGGGACACUUGGAGACCAACCGAGAUGGAAGGAAAUUUGUGCGGAUUGAAUUCUUCUUGCUCUUCUUCCGGUGACAACAGCAACUUCCAAGAUGGUAGCACGUCCAAGAGAAGAACCGGUGCAUCCUGUCAAGCCCUAAGGCACGCCGUUGCUUCCUUGAAUCGUCUCGAUGACUUUUAUAUGGAGAAAAUUGGCGCUGGUUUCUUUUCCGAGGUGUACAAGGUUACACAUAAGGUAACUGGUCAAGUGAUGGUCCUAAAGAUGAACCAGCUGCCUGCUAACAGGCCAAACAUGUUAAAAGAGGUUCAACUUAUGAACAAGCUCAGCCAUUCGAACAUACUCAGGUUCAUGGGAGUUUGUGUCCACGAGGGUCAACUUCAUGCAUUGACGGAAUACAUAAACGGUGGUAGUCUUGAACAACUGAUAAUGUCACGGCAUACACCGUUGCCCCACCUGAUUCGUAUGAAUCUUGCAAGAGACGUGGCACGUGGUAUGGCCUAUUUGCACAGUCGUGGCCUCUUUCAUCGGGAUUUAACUUCAAAGAACGUUCUCAUUAAGAAGGAUGAGAAUACGACUGAGAUGACAGCGGUGGUCGGUGAUUUUGGAUUAGCAGCUAAGAUACCAGAUCCUAGUUCGGGUUAUAGAUUGAGCACGGUCGGCAGUCCUUAUUGGAUGUCACCGGAAUGUUUGAAGGGUCAAUGGUACGAUCACAGAUCGGACGUUUUCUCAUUUGGUAUAGUAGUUUGCGAACUGAUCGGUCGCGUUCCUGCUGAUCCAGACGUUCUACCACGCUCAGAUAACUUUGGCCUCGAUUAUCUGGCCGUGGCGGAGAUCUGCGCGGCUGCCGACCCACCACCUGCCUUCCUUCAGCUAGCCUUCGAUUGCUGUACCUACGAACCAAAAUCGAGACCAACCUUUCCGGAAAUCACGUCCAGUCUCGAUAGCAUGAUCGGCAAUUACGAAGAGGAAUCUAAAAAUAAUAUUGGUAAUAGACAAUCGGCCGAUCCAACUCUAAUGUCCAGCAUGGACGAAAUCGUACGAGAAGGUCGUACGAUGAGACGAAGGACAGCUAGACUUAGAAGUCAAUCAGCCGAUGCGAGAGGUUGUGAUAAUGCUACGCCAUCGGAUAAAGCCAGAUGUCAUUCGGCGAGAAGAGUAGCUGAAUUAGCUAGCAGAAGAGACCCACAUUAUAGACCGAUGACAGCCAAUCCAUUUCACGCGUUGGGUGGCGUUAAGAAAAUUUUGGGAGAUUUAUUUUCAAGUUGUUUGGAGUUGCCAUCGCUCGAGGAUGUUAGACCAAGCGUUACCGAUACCGUUGGCAAAUUUAAGCCAGCACAAAAUGAUAGUAUCGCCAAAAUUCUCGAUAGAAAGAAACCUAAUUCGGAACCUAGCAGUCCAACGGCAAGAAAGAAAUGGGAAAGGAAGGUGGCUACUAAAGUCGGCGCGGCUAGUCUUUUCGCUCAUCCCCUUUUCCGAGAUGGUUGGGAACCAAGAAGAAGAGGUAGCUGCGAGUCGGGUUUCUGGAGUUGCGUUGGAGAAGAUCUCAGUCCUGAACCACCUAAUCGUCGACACACAUCAACCCUUAGCAGUUCAGCAGCUAGUAGUUUAUUCUUAUUGGACGAUCAUAGAACCAGUUCUAUUUACACGGAUUCUUCCGAGGACAUAGCAAGUCUCGGUGGUGGAGAUUCUUCUUGUUGGGAGGAUAGACUUAGUGGGAUAGGAUCUUCUAGUAAAACGAUUUCAAAGAUAGUCGAAUAUUUUGAAAGGAAACAGGCAACGGCAGGUAGUUUGAGACUUUGCGAUCACGACUCGGUAGUUCCUAGUAGGAUGAGUUUGUUGAAAGCAAGUUUGGAGGGUCCAGUUCCAUUGUGUAGUAUUUCGGCAGCUCAGAGGCUGGUUGUUUGCGAGGGUGCUGUUCGCAGCAAGUUGCCACUUUUCGAUAAAAAAUGAUCCAGUCUGUUAACACGCGAGACAUUCGUUACUUAGACUUUUCUUAUUUGACCUUCCCACGUGUCAAAGGAAGGCAUUUUUCUUCUAACCCGAGAAGCAAGCACGCUCUGUUGCGCAUAAUAGAUGUCGUUGAGAAUGUUCAAAAAGAUAAAUAAUAUCCAAAUAGAUAUAUAUAUAUGUAUGUAAUUGUAUAACUGAAUGAAAUCUAGCAACCCGACUGUGAUGUUUUUGAUAAUCUACAUAGAAAAAAAAAAUAAAAAUAAUAAAAAUACCGCGAACGUGACCACUGAAGUUUAAUUACAAAGAAUAUUAGAGUACAGAUUAUUAGCGCAGGCGAUCUAUUAUGCGCAACACGAUGCUUGCUUGCAUUAUUAUAUGGUAUGUCUGUUUUCACUUUCAAAUUUAUUAUAAUAAAUCACAAGUUAAAAUUGCAAAUAGUGGCCUAAUUUGUUAAUAUGCUAGAACAACCAAAAUUUCGUCCAUUGAUGCAAUAAUAUUUUCGUAAUAUUGUCCAAUAAUUGUUUGUUCAUAGUAAACUUUAGACGCACACAAUGAUCACACUGAUCAAACUGGAUCAACUAUGAAUAGAAUAGAAUGAUUAAACAGACGUACCAUAUAUGCACACACACAUAUAUAUAUUUUUUUUUUUUCGUGCACCGAUCAUGGGGGCAAAAGUAAACAAAAGGAUAAAAACAAUAUAAAAAUGUUUAGUUGAAAUAACGAAGAUCAGUGCGAAAGGGAGGGAGCAUUGUUCAAGCCCUUUACUUUUUUGCAGUGCCUCGCAGUUCCUAGUAUAUAUAUAUAUAUAUAUUAUCCAUUUCCGUCCUUCCGCACGUGUGUAGAGAUCCAGAAAAUUUGAAUCUUUUUAGGGGAGGGGAAAAAAAGGGCCGAUGACUAAAACAUGAUAGUAAAAAAAAAAAAA